AUCACGGGAUGGGCCGCUAUCGUCGUCACCAAGGCCGGGAGGGGACUGGGGGAGGGAUGAAUGAGUGGUGGGACUAAGUUAGAGUAGAUCCCGGCCAUCCUGAGCGCGUGUCAGGGGGGGGUUGGCAUUUCCUUAAAAACGUGUAAAUGUCUGCGUUACUGAAAGGCAGGUUGGUGACCGAACAGAGAUAGAUUCAAGGAUUUUACGGCAGAUCCACCCAGGGAAAGAAGAGCAGAGGAAUGCCCAGAACGGAAAGUAGGAGUUCCUACCAACAGUUCAAUGAUGACGAUUACUAUGAUGACGAAGGUAACGGUCAGUCUCAAGACUCUUUCGAUGAGGCUGAGGAGGACCUGGUACCUGUGGAGUCCGGCGGCAAUGUCACACGAGGGGAUAACAUGAACAUAAACAGUCCACCAAUGAGAUUCAGCAAAACCUGUGUGAAAAACGUCUUUACUGUCCUGCUCAUCUUCAUCUACCUGCUGCUGACUGCCGUGGCAAUUUUCCUGGCCUACCAGACUAUCUCCGACUUUCUGAAUAAACUCAGUCAACCUGUCAUGUCUGUCAACUACAAAGAAGUGGACUCAUUCUCACCUCCUGGUAUUGCUCUGUUCCCCGACAAUGCUGAGCUGCUGAGCUGCAAACAUCACUACCAUCACUACAUCCCACCUUUAGUGGACCCUGGCACGCCUCAUGAAAGGGACUGUGAGUUCACAGAAGUGACUUACUUUGAGCCAUUCUCAGCUCAGAAAAAGAAGCGAGCUGUGGUGGUCCGCGGCCCAUCGGACGUGAAAAACAAAGAGCUGAUCUUCAUGCAGUUCAGUCAGAAUGAAACACAUGAGGACUUUAGUGCCAUUUCAUACAUGCUUUUUGCUAAGUUUAGUGACUUGAUUGAAAGCGCAAAUAAGUCUGAUUUUAUGAGGGACUGUGAGCGGAAUUACUCCAUGUGGACCUUCUCUGGAGGAUUCAGAACCUGGGUCAAAAUGUCAUUAGUGAAAACAUCUGGGAGAAACAAUGAAGCAAUUGAGUUUCGGCAAGAGUCCGGAGUGGUGAAAUUCAACGAUAAAAGACAAGAAUCUGAACAAACGGAUCAGCUCUUCUUUGUUGUCUUUGAAUGGCGAGAUCCUUACAUGCAGGAAAUCCGGCUGAUAGUGACUGCAAAUCCCUGGAGCUCUGUAGGGAUCCUGUGCGUUGUCUUCAUGGCUCUCUUCAAGGCAGCAAAUUUUGCUAAACUCACAGUAAAGUGGAUUAUUAAAAUGCGUAAGAGGCAUCUGAAGCAUAAAGCGCGGGAACUGAACCCUAUAAGUUAAAACACAAUGCAGGAAAGCUCUGCUCGCACAAGCUGACAUGAUAAACAUUCAAGUGACGGAUCUUUUUUACACAAAUGCAUUUCUUGAUGCUAUUAUGUACAGCGUCUUUUGAUAAUCGGUGAGAAUGAUUCAACUAAGGGACUAAGGGAACAUAUCUUGGAAUGGGACAGUUUUACAAAUAGAACUGGCUACAUUUUAGCAUUUCAGAUUUAUCACCCACUUAGAUGUAUUUUCUUUAUAAAAGUAAGCAUUUUGUAGCAUUUCUAAACAAUCCUGGGACCACCAUUUUGCACAUACAAACUGUUGUUGAGAGAUUAUAUGCUUUAAAAGUUAGUUUUGUACAAUUUUUUUAUAUGUUCUGAUAAUGAAACUGAGAAACAAUUUUUGAUGCUAGAGUUUUGUGGUAAUAAGGUCUAUUAAGGGAAUUUUGUAGUGAUUCUUUUUAAUGUACUUUUUUAUCAAAUAAAAAUGUCAGACACAUUUCCAAAAUGACCUCAAAAGGGAUUAUCAGAAAUGAAUUUAGUGUUUGUUUUUAGCAUUUACAAUUUUUAUUUUCAUUUCAUUUUUAUUUUGUUUAUCAACUUGUUGUGCUGAAAAAAAUAUAUAAAUGUGAUCAUUGUUAGAAUUAUCUUAAGUUACAAGUUUGUUGUUUAUUUCCAUGAAAAUAAAUUACUUUUUUUUCCAUA